CACGCCUGACGUGUUGACCGACGAGGUCUCGGACCUCGCUAUUGGCUUGAUGCUGGCACUCCUCAGGAGAAUCUGCGAGAGUGAUCGCUUUCUCAGGAGCGGCCAGUGGAAGCGCGGUGACUACAAGUUGACCACUAAGUAAAGCGAUUUUGAGCAAUGUUAUCUUCAAACAUUAUAUAUGGAAGGGAACGUCCAGCUUGAGGAUUUCGAAUCAGUCUUUUUGUUGCGUUGCAUUGCGACUCUGUGGAAUCCCUAACCUAACCAAUCCCCAAUUUCGCCGGCGAAAUGGAAUCAAUCGGAGUACUCCUGGUGGGUCGCGUGAUGCCGUACCUGGAGCAGGAGCUCGACAAGCGCUUCAAGCUGUUCCGCGUGUGGGAUUACCCGAACCCGGCGCAGCUGCCGAGUCAACAUGUCGCCGCCAUCCGCGCGGUGGUCGGAAGCUCGAGCGCCGGCGCGGACGCGGCGCUGAUCGAGGCGCUGCCGAAGCUGGAGAUAGUGUCGAGCUUCAGCGUGGGAGUGGAUAAGAUUGACCAGGAAAAGUGCAGAGAGAAGGGGAUUCGCGUGACGAACACGCCUGACGUGUUGACCGACGAGGUCGCGGACCUCACUAUUGGCUUGAUACUGGCGCUCCUCAGGAGGAUCUGCGAGUGCGAUCGCUAUGUCAGGAGCGGCCAGUGGAAGCACGGUAACUACAAGUUGACCACUAAGUUCUCUGGGAAAACUGUCGGCAUUAUCGGGUUAGGGAGGAUAGGGCAGGCAAUUGCGAAGAGAGCUGAAGGAUUUCAGUGUCCAAUAAGCUACUACUCAAGAACUGAAAAACAAGACUCGAAAUACAAGUACUAUCCAAGUGUUGUAGAAUUAGCAUCCAAUUGCGACAUACUGGUAGUAGCUUGCGCACUGACUGAGGAAACCCACCACAUAAUCAACAGAGAGGUGAUCAAUGCCCUGGGUCCCAAGGGUUAUCUUAUUAACAUUGGAAGAGGUAAGCAUGUUGAUGAGCCAGAGUUAGUGUCAGCACUUGUAGAAGGUCGUUUGGGUGGUGCUGGGCUAGAUGUGUUUGAAAAUGAGCCUGCUGUUCCAGAAGAGCUAUUUGGGCUUGAAAAUGUUGUCUUGCUUCCCCACGUUGGAAGUGCCACUGUAGAAACUCGAACAGCCAUGGCUGACCUUGUCCUUGGAAACCUGGAAGCUCAUUUUCUUGGAAAGCCUCUGUUAACUCCCUUAGUUUAAUCUGUGCCGCCACGGAACUAUCAGCAUUCGUGGAGCUGCAUUAGGUACACCAUUUAAUAAUUUCUGUCAUGAAGAUUAAUUAUCAGGACAGCUCCUUAAUGUCUACAUUGGUGUUUCAUCUAUUUUGAAGUUUAUUUAGUUCAUCUUCAAGUUUUAAUAUCAUCAUGGAUGAAGCAUUAUGGAUGAAGCGUGUUGAUUUGAACUGCACGAUUUUCCAAA